AUGGCCCCCGAAUUGAGAAAAAGAACCAGAUCCGUCACGGGCAAGGAGCCUGCGGCGAAGAAGACCGCCAAGGUCGAGAAGGUCGAGAAGGUCGAGCCUGCGACUGAGAAGGCGCCUAAGAAGGUGACCAAGAAGGUUACCAAGAAGGUUACCAAGGAGGAGAAGGUCGAGAAGGCCCCCAAGCGCAAAGCUCCCGAGGAGGCGCAAGCUUCUCCCGUCGCGGCGAAGAAGCAGAAGCCCGCAAAGGCAGACGCAAAGUCGAAGUCGAAGAAGCCCGCCCCCGCCCCCGAGCCCGUCGAAGAGGAGGCCGAACCCGAAGUCACCGAGGAUGCCGAGGCUUCUGUCGUAGCUCUCGAGGGAGAGGACGACGACGAGGUCGACGCCGACGAGGUCGACGCCGACAUUGCGGCUCUCGCCGCCGGCCUCGACCCCGAGGAUGCGCCGGCCGGCGACGGAACGGUCUUCAAGGAGGGUCAGGACGUGGGCAAGGUGCCAAAGUUUGCCAAAAAGCAGAAGCAGUCGACGAACGGCAAGAAGGAGGAGCCCGGCGUGGUCUUCAUCUCGAGGCUGCCGCACGGCUUCUACGAGCACGAGCUCAAGGGCUACUUUUCACAGUUCGGCACCAUCACUCGCCUGAGGCUGGCGCGCAACAAAAAGUCGGGCGCCAGCAAGCACUACGCCUUUCUCGAGUUCGCCGAGGCCAGCACGGCCGAGAUCGUGGCCAAGACCAUGGACAGCUACCUGCUCUUUGGCCACAUUCUCAAGGUCAAGACGGUCCCCCGGGACCAGCUGCACGAGGACGUCUGGAAGGGCGCCAACAAGCGCUUCAAGAAGAUUCCCUGGCACAAGAUCGCCGCUAACGAGGUGGCCAAGCCGAGGACCGAGUCGGGCUGGACGCACAAGGUGUCCAAGGAGGAGAAGAAGAGGCUGGACCGCGCCGAGAAACUCAAGGCGAUUGGCUACGACUACGAGGCCCCCAAGCUGAAGGAGGCCGUUGCCCCGCCGCCUGAGCCCAUGGCUGUGGACGCACCCGAGGAGCCCAAGGCUAUCGAGGCUGCGCCGGUCGAGGAGAAGAAGGCAGAGGAGGAGGCCAAGGAGGAGGAAAAGGUCGUGGAGGUCGAGACACCCAAGUCGGCCAAGGGCAAGGCGGCCAAGGGUGGCAAGAGGAGAAAGUCCAGGGGUUAA